AUGCUUACUUCUGCUUGUAGCAAACGCAAAGGACUGGAAAAAGCGUUACACCAAAUAGAGGAGGCUAUCAAACGCCCCAAGUCUGAUGCAGGAUCUGAUGCUGCUGAAAAACUUAUUUCAGACCUGCAGGAUCUCCUUAGCAGGGCACAAGGGCAUUCUGCACGGAGUGAGGUCGAGGAAAUAUCAGAUGACCCUGACCGGUCACAUAGGAGAUCUCCUCCGCAAGGUGCCACUGCUGGGGACAAUCUAGCCUUGGAUGACGCAGAGAAUCCAUUGCAACUUCUCGCCAGAGCCUCUGACCUCCAAUUUUCGCCCGCCGAAUGCCGUGACGCACUCAGAUUGUCCACUCCAUCUGUAUCACAAUCGUCUCUCAGACCGCAUAGUAGCCCCAACGAGGGCUUGCCAAUUGCCAGAUCUUUUUUCGUCCCAGUCAGGGCGAACCUAGACCUCGGCUCGGACAUGGACCCUAUCGAACUGGGCUUGACUACUUUGCAUGAGGCAGAACUACUUUUUUCUUUCUUCUACGAGAAUUUGGCCCACACGAGGUGGGGCCUGGAUCCGACAGUGCAUACUGUGUCAUUCGUACGCUCGCAGUCGGCCUUUCUUUUCACUUCAAUGCUGGCUGCAGCUGCCAGGUUUCACCCUUCUGCAGCCGCCUUAUCCAAAAGACUAACGAGGCACUGUACGUCACUGGCUUAUAAGGUCAUUGCUCAGCGUUAUCGAUCAGUGGAAAUUGUUUUGGCCUUCAUGGUAAACGUUCCAUGGAUGGCCCCAGGGAGCAGUUCUGGAGAUGAUGACACAUGCUCCUAUAUUGCAAUGGCUUUGACUGUUGCGUUGGACCUCUCUCUCAACAAGAUAGUGACACCCCCAACUGGGUUUGAUAGUGCUCUCCAGGACAGGCUUGCGAAGACUGAUUGCAUUGAUGCAAAGAGAGCCUUGCACAUGGAUGGAUUCGAAGCUGUUGAUCCGGCUUCAGAAUGGGGCCGCAGAUUGUUACGUAGACGCGAGAGGACUUGGAUCGCGUUAUUCGUCCUCGAGCGUGGUGUCUGUUUGGCCCGCGGACGAAGCUAUACAGUUCCCCCGACUGCUCUCAUUGAGAAUUGUGACAGAUGGCAUAUCUCUGAUAUUGCCGAUUCUCGGGAUGGGCCGAUGAACUCCAUGGCAGUUCUCCGGAGGAAUCUAGAUGAACUUCUGAAAAAAGUAAAAUUGCGUUGCGACAGUUGCCGACUUGGGGACAUCGGCUCUGAAGCUGCUCAAUCGAUCAAGAAACUUAUUGAAGACUUCUAUGAUCAAUGGUACGCUGCUUGGGCUCUUGAGAUUGGUGGACCCUCCCUCUGCCUUCCGCCGUAUGUCGAGAUAUUGGUAACACACACGCAACUGUCUACAUAUGGUGGUGUGAUCAAUCAUCCCACUGCACCACUCGAAGUCAAGCGGUUUUUCCGCGCCGCUGGCCUCUCUUCUGCAUUGAAUGUCAUGCGGGCAGCUAUUCAAGGAGAGUCGCGGCUAAAGUCCAUGCCCAACAAUACGGUGAUCAUGAUCGCCUUCGCUGCAUGCUCUGCCCUUAGCCUCAGUGUGACGCCCGUGGACAGCAGGUCCAACUUGGCACCAAGCGUGCGACAUUUGAUUGAGGAAACGGCUGAUGUUCUCGAACGGAUUGGGGCCAUCCCAGCUCACAGAGAGGGUGCAUCUGUCUUGUACGGACGGCUGCUACGAGAGCUUGUUAGACGUGCUCAUAUGGGCCUUGUUUCUCAAAAACAUACCGAAUCAGACCUGGUAGAGCCCUUACAGCCCUCCACUACAUUGAGCGAUUACUGCCCCAUACCUUCAGUGACACAACCAUCAAUGGAUCACUCUACGCUAUGGCCAGAGACGCUGCAAUUCUCCGCGAUGUCUGAUCACCAAAUUAUCGAUGCAGUGAACAGGGCUGACUCGGCAUUCGGCAUGAAUAUUCCUGACGUCCCACUGGAUGAUCUGAUGAACUGGGAUUGUAAUACUCCGUACUUAGAUUAUCCUGCGCGCUGCAAUAAUGUUGAGCGUGAUUGA